AUGCUAGACAUAGCAUGGCUAUGCAACAUGGCAAUACAAGCAGUCUAUUGGCUGGUCCUAUUGGCCUGUAAUUUUUUGGGUUAUUCACCUGUAUGGGUGAAGAGAGAUUUGAAAAAGCGGGAAAUUGAGGAAAUUAAUCGCUCCUAUAGAGUUCCUCAUCACUUAUCAUUGUGUUAUUCCGAUAGAAAAGUUAACUUCGAAGAGUUAAUUGCAUUAAUCGAAUUAUGUCUAGCUUAUGGCGUUCGACGAGUGACUGUGUAUGAUCCUUGGGGAGAUAGCAUAGCACUGGAGAGAAGGUUCCGUCCUAUGUGUCAAGCAAAGAACGUGCAGAUCUUAGCUGGUUGUUGUUCUACCCCUAUCCAGCACACAUCCAGGCUUGUUUUGCAGUUAUUGUCCGCAGAAGCCGGUCGACCAACACUAGUGGAUGCAUGCAAAUCACUAUCGACCAAAUCAACUAAAAUCACAUCGGAAGAUGUUACUAACCUCCUUUCUGACAAAUUCAAUUUGCAAGAUCCUGACUGUCUCAUAAUGAUCGGUCAAACGCCCAGUCUUGCAGGCUAUCCUCCAUGGUGUUUACGGAUCACUGAAUUCAUACAGCUUCGAAAUUUGCCGUUUACACGACAAACGUUCGAAGAAUGCCUUGAAUCGUUCUCGAAACGAGAUAUCCGAAUGAGUCGUUGUUGUUAG